ACGUCAUCUAAUGACACAUGAUGAACUUUAUCAUGGUCGCGGACGUGACCGACCGCUCAUGAUUGCGGCUGGCUCAUCAGUAGUGCUUCAUGGGAGAACUGCGAACGAAUUGGUAGAAAAGGAAAAUGUUUCGAUUAAGUAUGUGACCGAAAAUAUAUUCGUCGUGUAUACGAAGUGACGUUUUCCUAUAUAUGUGGUUCCGAGCAAUAAUUCGCAGUAGUUGCAAAGACGGCUCACUAAAUGGGGAAGGUUAAGAAGAAACCCGAAUUGCUCCACUGCAGCAAGUCGCGCAAUGUAUUACGUAACUUAAUGCUAAGAGAUCUUGGAUUACGUACGACGCAUAAAACUAGUACACGUGAAUUAGAACCAAUAGCUGAAACAAACCUGGUAUUAAAGGACCAUAAGGAAUUGAAAUGCGAGUUACCUGGUGUUCCUAGAGCCACAUUCUUAAUGGUUUUUAGUCCUGAUGGGACCAAGGUAGCAUCCACCCAUGGAAAUCAUAAUGUUUAUAUUACUGAAAUUACAACAGGAAAAAAUAUUAGAACUCUGUCUGGACAUCCACGUACUCCAUGGUGCAUAGCUUUUCAUCCAUCUUCCAGUCAAAUCUUAGCAUCUGGUUGCUUAGGAGGUCAAGUUCGUGUAUGGGAUUUAAGUGGUGGUAGUGAAAUCUGGAAUGCUGAAAGUCAAACUGUUAUAGCUUCAUUAGCAUUUCAUCCAUCAGAAAGGUUAUUGGUCAUAGCAACAUAUAAUGAAAUUCAUUUUUGGGACUGGAGCAAAUCUCAACCCUUUGCCGUGGCUACUACAAAGACUGAGAAGGAAAAAGUGAGAUACGUGGCUUUUGAUAAUUUAGGAAGAAAAUUGAUCACAGGAAUUGCAAAUACACCUCAAGUCCAAUCACAAUGGGACCGUGCUCCUGUGGGACAAUUACUCAGAACUAGUUUAUUGAAUUUAAGAUAUCCGCGAGGAGGUUUCCCGGAUAUCGAACUUUCGCCUUGGCAUUUGUGGAAUCAUGGCUCCAUGUACGGAAGAGGACCAGCGGACAAUUACGCAGAAAGGACUUCCCGUGCGUACUUAUUCAUGCGUAGAGGCCUUGAAAUGUCCCGAAUGCGAUUCAACAAUAACCAGGAAUUAAGGAACAGUCUGAGGCAGGAAGAGGCACGGUUUCCACGGCGACGAAAUUUAUCUGAAGAACUGAAUCAAACUAGGGAAGCUACAUCUCGCCCGAAUAUCGCGAGAAAUUUUCACAUGCCCAGCAUCAAUCCGGAAAAUAUGGACAAUACAGAGAACAGGUCGGCGGACGACAGUAAUGACGACGAGGCAUCGGCCGGAUUGACGGUGAGGCACGAACGAGAAGUUAACGCGAUCAACGAUGAGAUGCAAUCCAGGCGUUCUCAUCCCAGAGACGAUUUGUACGAACGUUUGAACAAUGCGUGGGUCGGAGUGGACGAAAGAUUGCAGGGGAGCAACUCGCAGGAUCCAGAAAGAAGAAUAAAUCUAUGUUAUAGGAACCUUGUCGAUCAGUAUGUGACGCUCGUGAGACGUUACUUCGAUGUAUCCAACAGAAACAGGGAUACGAUUGAUCGCGGCACAGAUCCCAUGGAUAUACCAGAAACAUCGUCCGCCAAUCCCGAGGAGUCCAGCAGUAGAAAUGAAACUGCGACCGAGUCGUCUAUACGAAGAUUAAGGAACGAACUGAAUUCCAGUGCUCAAGCGAACAACACGAAUUUAGAGAGGCUGCAACGGUGUCGACGGCUGUUAAUGGAGCGCUUCGAGCAAGAGGAGAUCGGAACUACUCUUCAGAAUUUGAGAGAGGCACUAAACGCCGCUGCCGAGAAUAAUAGCUCCUGCUUGGUGCGAUUGCAGAAGUUACGGGAGAGACUGCAGAGGCAGACUACUACGUUAUUCGAUCAUUCAUACAACUGCAAUUCCCGUCUGCAGCUGCUUCGCAACGCUUUGAAUGACGAGAUCGAAGCACUCAACAAUAUGGAGGUACAGUUCACUAACACGAGCUCCAGAAUCGAGCGGUUACGUGAUGAGUUCACAAUGUAUGGUAUUUUACCGCGAAAUCGUCAUAUUGCGACCGAUCCUUCGCAACUGAAUCUAAGCGAGGCCGAGUGGCGGGCGCUUGUUGCGAACGACGAGCCAUUACCUAGCACCAGUUCCGGCUUGACGGGAAACACGUUGCACUCGAUGCUGCCCUCGGGAGCACGUAAUGACUUACAUCUGGAAUCCGAUGUAUUCCCCAGCUCGAGCUCAGGCGGCAACGAAGCUAGAAGAAACGAAGAACGUGACGUGCACGCGGACGGCGGCAAUGAGCAUGCGAGCACGUCGUCGAGGAGUAACAGAAAUCAAAAUGCUGGAAGGGCUACGAGAAGACGUUUCGACGCUACGGACACUGAAGAUGAACCUCCCAGCAGGCGGAAGCGUAAAUUGGGACCGUCGAUAUCGUUACCUUACAUUGGAGAUAGUUCAUCGUCUAGCGACGAAGGCUACUUGGGCUCGACGUCGCGCAACGGCCCGUCUAACUUCACGGUUUCUACUCAUUCAGCAUUUCAACCGAAUGUACCUAAACUAGUCCCGCAGUUGAGGCCGCAGAAUCAAGAAACGUCAGCUGGUUCCUCUAGAUUAAAUGAUGAACAAAUGGAUAGGAAUGAUUUGUCCGACAAUACGACGAAUAACGAAUCGAACGAAAGAAACGCUGAAAUUAGAGCGAUGAGGAUUAUACAACAAUGUAAUCGUACACAAAGAAAUUUACCUCUACUCAGGAGAGUGCUGGAUGUUCUUCAGCGGCAUUUACAUGCGGAUCGGAUGGAGAGCAAUAACACUGUCCAACAAGUUUCACUGGACGAUUCAGAGAACGGAUAUUGGCUUCUCGAAGAGAAUAGUAAUUCGGAUUCCAAUCUGGAUGAUUCAAACUCUAACACCAAUUCGAAUCCUCGUCGAUGGACCAGUCGUUGGAUACAGCUAGACACUUCGAGUAGAAAUACGGAGUACACUAACGAAUUGUCGAACGAGCAAGCUGAAGCGAGAUCUCUCUCAGAGGACGUAGCAGAUCAGAGUUCUAAUGAUAGACACAGAGAUCAGAGUCAAACCAUGAUGCGCGAUAGGAAUCGAUUGUCGCCUGUGUCUCUAAACCCUUCUCGCUAUGAACAACCACCGUUGUUUCCUUUUAGAAGCUUACGAGAAAAUCAGUCCCGAAGAGUAGAUCAGAAUCAGACACGUACUAACGACUCAACUCAUGGUACUUCGUUUCAGUCGCAAACGUCCGAUUCAAACACGACGGGUGUGUUCACGAAUUUAACGGAAGGUGUUGUUAACGACCCUGCAGCGAUGAGAACCGCCGACAGGGCUAAUCGCGAGAGCGGUAGCAGUUUCGCGAGCAGCAGUAGCAGCAGCAGCAGGCAGCAACAGCAAAGUCAGAGCCAGAGCCAGAACCAGAGAAAUGCAGACGAGGCGGAUCUCGAUCUCAGAAUGCUCGGUAUUGGCAAUGUAGAACCGAGAGAAGGUUCCUUGGGAGUUCGACAGGGGAUUCAGUUACUUAAUCGCCAUAUCGAUAAUAUGCAACGCUUAUGCCGGGCUCGGUUGGAGAUAGUUCAGUUGUGCCAAGUGCGUAAAAUGUGGGAGGACUUGCAACGGCAAAUACGUUCGUUACAUGUGACAGUUCGCGUGGAGCGACUGAACAACAACGAUCAAACGGGAGCGCAAAGGGAUGCUGCUAAUCUCGCCAGCAAUCCCACCAGUGCGUCAUCAACGGCGACUUCGUCGACGAGCUCGUCCACGGUCGCGAAUUCGCAAAGCGAAUCGGCGAAGAACUACAAAAAGGCUCUGCUGGAGAAUUAUCAGAGGCAGAAUAGCGAGAACGAUCACGCUAGAACGUACGAUCAUAGUCAGCCGUCGACGUCACGGGGCAUUACCGAGAGAAAUCACGAGGACGAACCAACACCGUCAUCCAGUGGCUAUAACGUCGAGGAAACCUCCACCAACAUCAGUCUGUCGAACUUGUUGCCAAGUGACUCGGAGUUGCGGCAAAUGCUGUCCCACAAUCUGAAGGAAAUGCUGGACGGCUGGUAUUCACGCUUGACGUCGCGCUGCCAGAACUGUACUUCUUCUUCCGAUACUAAUAACACGCAGCAGUACGCGACAAACGAUCACACGUAUUCCAACUUAGCGACGACCAGCAGCAGAGACGCACAGUUACCCAGUAUGUCUAGUAUCGUGUCGAAUAUCGGUGCUAAUUCGAAUUUGCCUACGGUGACCGCGUUAACGUCGCAGUUGAGCCCGUUGCCGAGUAUCUCGAACUUCAACGUCAACAACAAUAUCGAGCAUAAUGGCGGUUCCGAGAGAUCCACGCAGAUAUCGCACGCAAAUGUCGAUCUUCCAACGGAUAAUACGAGCAACAACGACAACAACAAUGGUGGCAACGACAACGCGACUAACGUCAACUCCGAUCUCGUUACGCAAUAUCCAGCGAACCAGAGCAGCAACUUAACCUCCUCCACAUCGUCGCCUGAAUCGUCCUCCAUUAGCAGCAGAGCGCGAAGCAGACGAUACCAGAACCUGCGGCAGAACUUCCGGCAAAACUUGCGGCAAAGAAUGAAACUCCGAUUUCUGAGAUCGUGGUUGAUGAGAUCGCGUAAUACGAAGCAAAGUCGCAUCGGGCCUCAGUCCCCCAACAAUCCGUUCCGUCAUUGUGAGAACGUUAGAAGACCGUGGCACUUACGCAGGAACGCACCCGGCAGCAGCAGCAGCAGCAACAAUAGCGACCGGGACAGAAGACAGACUACAUCCGAGUCUCUGCAAAAGAUUGCGGAAGACCUACUACGACUGCAAUCUCUAGUCCGCCAGCAAAGAGCCUUAACCCGAAGCGGUAACGUCAAUAGAGGGUCCGACAGUGACAGUCAAUCAGAAAAUCGCGACAACGAGAAUCAGGAGAUGGAACAGAUACGCGAAACUACGAGAUUGAGAGCCAGGCAAGUCCUCGGUCUGAUGGUGAGAUCUCUGAUCCAGUUUUUCGAAGUGACGAGGUCGGGAAAUGGUUCUCAAAGCAAUGUCCUGUACGAACAGAUGUACAAAAUGUACGUGCUACUACACUUGGCGUUAGAAUUAACGGAUUUACUAUUAGCGCAGUUGGUAAUAACAAGACGAGAAUUGGAAUCUAGUCAGUACGGCCCAUUUACUUCCGAUCUGUCGGCCGAUAAUCAGAAUAGGGGCGAAAACAACACACGUUCCAACAGCAGCAUUGACAACAGUCUGCAGACGGAAGGUAACCGCACGAGCGAUAAUGCGCAAAGCAGAACAAUGCGCAAUAUAGAGCACGACAGGUUCUCGAGAAGUAGUCGCAGCAGCGAUGUACCAAGUACGUCCGCGGGUGUCUACCGGGAAAAUGCGGAAGAUCUUUUGGCGCCGGGAAACAGACAAUAUCCUAUGGCAGAGCAACUAAAGCGGCUAUUUUAUACUCCGCGGCACGCACGAGUCGGCAUGCACUCGGGAAAUAGUUCGUCGAUCGAGAAUCAAGGCUCCAACACGACUAGAUCUAGCAACAACGGCAGCAGCGACGAUAACAAUCCUACCGGCAACAGCACUCGCGUUGAAGAUAAUCGACAGUCGACCUCGAACAGCGGUCUUACACUGUCGGAGAACGCGCUGUCGGCGGAGGUGCAGAGUAUCGUGGAGAGAAUUCAAAAUAGCAGCAGCUCGAUUAAUAACGACGAUCGCGGGGAGACACGCACGAUCGCUGAGAAUCGAGGAACGAACGAUGUCUCUAGAGAUAAUCCGAAUCGCGAAUCGCAUCCGCGUAACGAGAGCGAGUCGGUGGCACGAACGAGGGACUAUCGACGAAGUCGUAGGAAUGCCGUGGUGCUUGAUCCACCGAGGCGCGUCAGUGAGCCGAAUAACUCACAGGAGAAUGAGACCGCUCAAGUCCCUAGCACAUCGUACUGGCCGAACUUCGCUGUAGGCGUACAAGGUAGCAGGCCGUUGCAUCAAUUACUCAGACCUCAGAGACCUUAUCAGCCUUAUCAGCCUUUUCAGAGUUUUCCGCUGACGCGCGUUGCAUUGCCGCCACGCGACUCUUUGUACAGAUAUCCCUUGCUUCAAAGAGAUGGCAAUAUCGACUUCGUCCCAGGCACAAUGUCCUCGGACAAUGUCUGCUCAUGGCGCAGAUUCCUUCACAGGGAGGGCACGUCUUCUCUCCGACAGGAAUUUAAUGUGCCGGAGCUGCAAGUCAACAGCAUACCCGUGAGCGACUUGAACAACUUUCCUCACAAUCUUCGUAGAAGACGGAUCUCGCCACCGGAUCCCGAUACCCAUCCGCUUUCGUAUAGUAUGGUGCAGAGGUUGCUCAGUUUCGGCGUCGAUAACAGAAAUAACGAUCGAACGAAUGAUCUGGCGAAUCAACCCGGACCAAGCUCUGCGAUACCAAGCAACAAUAGAAAUCGGAUGUUCAGCCCGACGUUUCUGGCGGUCUGGCGAUCGAGUGGAGUACGAGUCGGUGCCAGUUCCGGUGGCGGUGGUGACGAUGGAAACGGUGGCGGAAAUGGAAACGGAGGUGGAGGCGGUGGAGGUGGCGCCGGCAGUGGCGGAGGUGGAGGUGGUGGCAAUGGCAAUGGCAAUGGUGGUGGUGGUGGUGGUGGUGGAAACGGCGGUGGAGGAGGACAAGAUCCAGGGAAUGAUGAUAGCGACGAUAUCGAUUUCGAUCAUAUACCAGUGAGUAUGUUCAAUACGUUGGAGAUGCAGAGUUAUCGCGUUCAGGCGUGGGAUUUCACUAACGGUGACAUUCCCGAUAUUACGGAUCCGGAGAAGAACGUAGUGGUGCGCGAAUGCAAGAUUCACAACGACGCUAGCAUCGAUAUAUCUUCAGACGGGAAACUAUUGGCGACACUCUUACCGUCCGGUCGUAUCAACGUUACGACUAUGUUAGGUGUUUACAGUUUACAAUGGGAAACACUCGGGGAGAGAAUUUACUCGACAAAGAUCGACCAGACUGUGGUGUCUGUUUCGAUGUCACCUACGCAACAGCAUCUUCUGGUAGGUUUGGCACGUAGGAUUCACGUUCCCGCCAGACCUUUCCCGAUGGCAUUGAUCUAUAAACUGAUCGAGAAGCAGCCCGAGGACGAGAAACAGGUUCCGUUGGAGUCGAAUGAUUCGAGAAGUUACAAGGUGUACGAUCGCGUUGAUGGUUAUCAUAGGACAGAUGAGCUCGCGCACAAUAUAGCUAACACCGCUACGAACAAUACAGCGAGGCAGAACGUCGUUAAUUCAACGGAUAGACCGCAUGUUCAAGAUUGGCGAAUUCGUAAUAUGAGAACCGAGCUGGAUAUUAAGAGCAACCGAGAGAGUAUGGUGCUUAUUAGGGAAUUGUUGCAAAGUAGUCGAGAGACUACUGGCUAUGUUAGUUUGAACUGCAUUAGAUGGGUACCACAGCCGGGUCAGGGAAUGGUUUAUGCUACGAACACCGGACAAUUGAAUAUUCUGCAGUGAUGUGAUGCAGUUUGUAAUAACGAGACGGAGGAAGUAAACGUUCUCUUCGUAUUAUAACGAAUGCUUAUAAUGAAUGUAUCAUACGCAUAAGAUAUAUAUUACGCAAUAUUGAAGUUUGUUGCGAGAUUAGUUAAAAUAGAAUCAUAAGAACGAACUACGCGCGUGGUAUAUAUUGUUAAUGACGUUUUUAUCACAGUCUAUAUCAAAUCUCGACGUGACGGUGAUAAGUACAGCCCGAGACUUUGAACGAGACUGCUAUUUGUAUUUUAUCGUUUCUUUUCUUUCCUCCACAGAUGUUAUCCUCUAUUUUUGUUCUGCGAGGCGAAUGUAAAAAUGCAAGAUGUAUAGAAAGUUUCUGUUAUAUGCUGUGUAAUAGAAAAUUGGAAAUGGGUCGCUUACUAUACACUAUCAAUAUGUAUUGACCGAUCGAUGAAUGCUACAAUACCAUUAAAUAAAAUCAUUCAGGAGGUAUUUCACACUUUUUAUUAUCUCAAUCAUAAAAGAAGAUACGGGAGAAGCAAUUUGUCGUGCCAUAUAAAUCUCGCUUUGUACCACCUUUCUAGACGAUUUUUAUACUUACCAAAUUUUACUAUUUUCAAAAUAUAUGUGUGUAAAAUAAUUUCGGGACACAAAAGUAACAUAUGUCCACUUUAGUUUCUAUAUUGCGAAAGACAGAAUGUUUAUUAAAAUUGCAGGUAUACUAGUUUAAUACGUCUAUAUUAAAAGUUUUGGCAUAGGAGAUACAAAUGCAAAUAUACAUGUCGAUUGAAUAAAUGAUUUCAGGCACAAUUUUAUUUUUAUAAGAAAUUGCGUGUUUCUUAGAAAUUUGGCGGUUCGAAGAGACAAGAGUGGCUCCGCUUGUGUAUACAAUGUCAGAGUUCGUUACAACUUGUUGUAUACAUAGUCGAGUACUCGUAAUGUGUUUCUUUCUCUGUGUAUAAUCAUUAUCAAUAAUAAUU